UAGAGACAUUAUAAAAUUGUAAAAAUAAGAGUGCCGUUUAUCCUCUUAUGCAAUUGGUUGUUUGAAAAGCAUAUUUUAUUCUCUCUCUUUACUCUUUUCUUUCUCACUAUUAUUCUCUCUUUAUCUUCUAAUUUCAUAAGAGAAGCAUCACCAAAGCACUGCCACCACACUAAAAGAUGGCUGAUACUCCAAUCAGAUUUGGCAUCAUUGGCUGCGCUGAGAUAGCCCGCAGAGUCUCACGAGCUAUCCUACUAGCUCCUAACGCUACUCUCUCCGCCAUCGCCAGCCGCUCCAUCGACAAAGCGGCCAAUUUCGCCAAGGCCAAUGGGUUCCCACCUGAAGCCAAGGUCUACGGCUCCUACGAAUCCCUUUUAGACGACCCCGACGUCGACGCGGUUUAUUUGCCCCUACCCACUAGUCUCCACCUGAAAUGGGCCGUAUUGACUGCUCAGAAAAAGAAGCAUCUGCUAUUGGAGAAGCCCGUGGCAGUGAACUUGGCUGAGUUUGAUCAGAUUCUAAAGGCAUGUGAUGAAAAUGGGGUUCAGAUUAUGGAUGGGACCAUGUGGAUGCAUCAUCCCAGGACCCAGAAAAUGAAGGAGUUUUUAGACGAUAAGGAGCGGUUUGGUCAGCUUAAAACGGUACAUAGCUGCUUCACAUAUUUUGCCCCUCCGGAGUUUUUCAAGAAUAACAUUCGUGUGAAGCCAGAUCUUGACACUCUUGGUGCUCUUGGUGAUGCUGGAUGGUAUGGCAUCAGGUCAAUCCUGUGGGCAGCUGACUAUGAGCUGCCCAAGACCGUUACAGCCUUGCGAGGUCCUGUUGUCAAUGAAGAAGGGUUAAUACUUGAUUGUGGGGCUUCAAUACACUGGGAAGAUGGCAAAACUGCAACCUUCAAUUGCUCUUUCUUAUCAAAUCUGACAAUGAAUAUCACUGCUAUAGGAACAUUUGGAACUUUGCAUCUCACAGAUUUUAUCAUUCCUUACCAAGAGCAUGAGGCCUCUUAUACUACAUCCUCAAAAGUUCGAUAUAAUGAGCUUGGAACAGGAUGGGUGCCGAUUCCAAGUGAACACACUGUCAUCGUAGACCUACCUCAGGAAGCCUGCAUGGUGAGAGAGUUUGCUGGCUUGGUUGAAAAUAUUAAAAAAAAUGGUGCUCAGCCAGAUAAUAAGUGGCCGACAAUCAGUAGGAAGACACAAUUGGUUGUGGAUGCUGUCAACGCAUCCAUUGAGAAAGGUUUUGAGCCUGUUGAAAUUGUGAGCUGAGCUUUUAAUUAUUUAUGAAUGUUAGAAUUACUAGUGUUUCUGUGGCCUGUCACACCUACUUGGACAUGAAUUGUGAGACUGUGCCUGUUGUGCUGUGCUUUCUAGUAUGAAAUGUGAACUUCUCUAAACUGCUUGUUUUAGUUGAAUAAGAAGCCAGACGACCUGCAAUGUUGGUAUUGCGGAUGUUAGCAGUUUCCUCUCUUUCCCUGUCGGCCUGUCCCCCCGUUGAACAAUGUGUUCUUUAAGGAUUAUUACUGUUUUAGUAAUGAUUGUGGAAUAUUGCUAUAGACCUGCUUAAUUUAGGUGGUACCGGAUGGGGAUUUUAGAUACAUAGCUAUUUUGCAGCAGUUGUUGGCGAAACAGAAAAAGUUGCCACCUUUUUUUUUUUCUUUAGUAGUAAAACGCCCUUUCUGCCUCACCAGUAGCAGUAUUAAUUCUACGAAUGUUGACAGUACCCUCAUCUAUGGAGGUCGGAUUCACAGUUGGCCGCCACCAUUCUGAGCAUCAGUAGUUGAAAAACUCGAAGCAACCGAAUCUUAAAGAGAUAUGAACCCAUAGUUUUCCCCAACCUGCAAUAAUACCGAACUCAUCAACAUAUCCUAUUAGAAACCCUUAAAAAGAAGACCUAAUUGUAAUUAACCGGAGAUUGAUCAAACCCAAAAUAGACUCAAUCUGAAAUGAUUGAAACUCCAUACGGUUCAAACUUAAAAUUGUAUGAACAUGAAACAAACCAACCUAAAUUCAAAAUGAUUUGAAACUAAAUUAUUUAAACUUGAAAUGCUUUAAACCAAAAGUGAAUACGAAAUGAUUAAAGCUCAAGAUGGCCCAAUCCUUAAAUUGCCGGAACAUCAAACGAUUUAA